AUGACGGCGAUCAACAAACUGGGCGACGACCUCCUCGUCGAAAUCCUCAUCCGCAGCUUCCCAAACCCUAAACCCGCCUGCCGCUCCAAGCUCGUCUGCAAGCGGUGGCGCUCUCUCAUCGCCCAUCCCGUCAUCUUCAACCGCCGCUUCGUCGCCCACCACAAGACCUCAAACGAAGCAUCGUCACGCCAUCUCCCCCCUCAACGACCUUCCGCCACCACUACCCUUCCCUCAGCUUCCUCCCCGUGCCCGACCAACUCGGGCCGCAUUUCAGAGUCUGGGAUUCCUUCAACGACUUGCUUUUAUGCGGGUUUUGGGGCGACGGAAUCGACAAAGCAAGAGGAUUGUUGGGGAGAUUUUACUUGGUCUGCAAUCCGUUUACGAAGCAAUGGGUCGCCCUUCCUCUGGCCCCCGAGAGGCCAUCUGGUGGGACGGAUACGUUCGUCGCUUGGCUAG